ACCUUUCCAAAGAUGACAGCGGCAUUGGAAUACUUACUUUGAACAACCCAAAGCUAAUGAAUGCAUUUACAGCACACUGAUGUUUAUUUUUGACUCAAAAUAGAGCUUUACAAGGUACAAUUUUUAAGGUACUGUGUUAUUAGCUUAUUUGUUGUGGAAGCUAAAAAAGGCAUGAGAACUGAGAGGUAAUAGCAGAAGAACAAAGGACAGAUAAGGCCCAGUCUGCUGUAGAGAUCAGAUGCAAUACAAGUAAAAUUGGUUAAACUAAACUUUCAUAGAAACAUACAACGUAUGCUCCCUGUUUUCUGUGUGCUUUGCAGAAGGGCCUCAGAACUGGUGUCAAGCAGUCACAGCUGCUAUUCAGGCCACUAGUAGCUGUACUUUGGCUAUAUGUAUCUGUUAAUGUACUGAAAGAAUAUCACACAUCUCAAGUUGAGCACCCAAAAUUAGGAUAUAUUUUUUAUCUGACUCAGUUAGUGGUCUGUAAAAUGAUAUAUUCUUUCCCUAUAGGACUGCUGAGAAAAUAAAUUAUUGGUGUAUGUUAAUUAGAUGCUUUAGUAGCAAAGAGGAGUUACAGAACCUGUGAGGAAAUUAAUUGUUCUUUGUUGCAAGCCCUUAUUAGCAUAGAGCAAAUUAGCCAUGGGAUCAGGCAGUUCUGUUUUACAAGAGUGUGUAGAGCCCUGUAGGAAGCUACCAUUUUAAUAGGUAAUAGCCACAAAAAUUUGCUCUGGAGAAUCUUACUGUAGCAGUUCAAGAGAUUACUGCUUCUUUCUACUGUGCACUUCUGCCAGGGGCUUUUGUGGUUACAGGAGGGAGAGUAGAAGCAAAAUCAUGCUGGCCUCUUGGCUGCUGCAGUGGAUGGUAUGGCAUAUUUGUACUGCUCUUCUUUUCAUUUUAACAUUACUGUCUGUAAACCAUAGUUGCUGAAGAACUAACAAGCACUUGAUCUUUUUCCUUUUGUUGUGUAUCAACUAAUGCCCUCAGUAGAAGUAUGAAGAAGGAUGGCAUGCGCAACCCGUGGAUUGUCCCGUCAAGACCUCAUUGACUUAGUCAGCCAAAGCUUGUAGAUAUUCCCUCUCAAAUAAAUUCUGUUUAUUCUGUGUCUCAGAGCUUCUGAAUAGUGGCAGAUGUGAAUUUAUAUGUACAUGUACACUUCCUUUAGAAAGUUGCAAAAUAACAUUAAACUGGUGAGAGAAAUAAUAUUUGCCAGGCAUUUACUCAAUACAGCAGCUUUUUAUCUCAAAAGAAUUAUGUUUAUUCUAAGCUUGAGCAAAUCAUGGAACCAAAUGCAGAACAAAGUUGUUGGCAAAUUGCUCAUGGGCAUUGUGGAGGGUGUUAUGCCUUUUUUUUCUCUUCCUGAUUGGAAUCUGAUAACCACCUGUUUGAAAUGGUCUGUUUGGAAACAAAUGCUAACAAUGUCAGUUUAAGCCUCGUAGAGCCAAUUUCAGCAGCCCAACCUCUCCCACAACUAAAAUUGGACUUAGUUUGAGAAGGAAGCCAGCCUGCAGGAAUUGGAUAAUAAUGGCACUAUGAUGCUAGAACUCCAGGAGAGGGUCACUGAGCUGGAAAACUGGAAUGAUGGCAAAGGCCUUAUCAUCUAUGGUGCAGGAAACACCUUUUGCUCAGGAUCUGAUCUGAAUGCUGUCAGGGCAAUAUCCAACUCCCAGGAUGGAAUGAAUAUGUGCAUGUUUAUGCAAAACACCUUAACCAGACUUAUGAGAUUGCCUUUCAUCAUUGUUGCACUAGUCCAAGGAAGAGCUCUUGGAGGAGGAGCAGAACUUACCACAGCAUGUGAUUUCAGGUUGAUGACGCCUGGGAGUGAAAUUCGGUUUGUCCACAAGCACAUGGGCCUGGUGCCAGGCUGGGGAGGAGCUGCCCGGCUGGUGCGGAUUGUCGGCAGUGGGGCUGCCCUCCAGCUGCUGAGCGGGGCUGUCAAGGUGGACCCUGAGAGAGCUUUGCACCUUGGGCUGUCUGAGGGAACCUUGUCAUCUUCAGAUGAAACUGGAGCAUUAGAAGAAGCCCGAGCCUGGCUGAGUCAGUACACAGAGGGUCCAGCCAGCAUCGUUCAGGCAGCAAAAAAGGUGGUGACUGCGGGAAGAGAGCUACCACUGGAAGCUGCCUUAAGAACAGAGAAGGACAUUUUUGGAACUGUAUGGGGUGGGCCUGCUAAUUUGCAGGCAUUGGCUAGAAAAGCAAAACAUAAAUGACGGUCUAUGCAUAAGAAAUGUUCUUGACCUUUUUGCAAACAAAGCCUUCACUAAAGCAGGCAUUAAAUGGAGUCAUUUAAGGACUUGUUCAUUUAAACUGGCAUUAACAUUCCUGUCGUUUGUGUCAGGCAGACAUAUUUGGUGAGCAACCACAGAAAAAUCCCUGGCAGGUUCUUUACUCCCUGAAUGGAGAUUAGUGAAAUUAGUACAUAAAGGUAAAUACUGUGCUGAGAAUAGAACUUUAAUUCUUUUGGAAUGAGGAUGCAGAUUAUUUUCUUUGGAGUUAAUUUGUUUUUUCUAACUGGUAGAGAAAUGAAUUGCUUGAAAGAUGCAAGGUUUAUUUGUUAGCAGAACAGCAGCAUCUAAAGCUGUAAAAUAUGAAUUCCCCAACAUGAGAGCAGUGUCUUUAAGCAGCUUUGAAGGGAUGAUAAGUGAUGAAUUUUUUUUUUUUUUUUAUCUUCAGUAAGCUCUUUGUAUAGUUGCUGAGAAAGUAUCCAAAGCUACUUCAAUUUUAACGGUGUUUUUUAUGGGAGAAGCUCCAAUUUACUGGGCAGCUUAUAGUCCUCAUUCACUGACACUGAUUUGGGUCUUUAAAUGCAUUUAGGUGUGCCUUCUCACUGCUCCAGGAACCAGCUACCUAAACACACAUCUGCAUGUCCCCAUAGCCUGGCCCUGUGCUGCUGAGCACUGCGAAGCUGCUGCCCUGAUUCUGUACAUAAAACAUAGUUCAAAUCUUGGAAGGCCAUAAUCCAUCAUGCCCCCACAUGGGAUGUCCUUGACUGACUGGGUGGUCUGAGUACUUCAGCAUUAUGGAAAGAUGUGUGUGUGGAUCUGUUUGCAUCUUACUUCAGAGUAUUUUUACUAGUAGGGCGUAUUUCGGCUGACCAGAUUUGGAACUUGGUCUCCACAGCAGUAACUCGGUGGGAAGGGUUUUCCCUUAGAAAUUAGAAACUGACACCAAGUCCCUGCUUUGGCAGAUGAUUGUUAAAAUGAAACAUCCAUGACAGCAAAAACAUGCGGACAUAUCCAUGACUGGGAGUUUGCUGUACUGUUGGUUAGGAUGCUCAUCUCUAAUUCUAGCAGGGGCUGAGAUGUGAGUCCGGGACCCAAGUCCUCCAGGGAAGCAUGUGAAGGAGGAAACCUUGGGCUACUUGGCAUUGGCAUACAUUCUCACUCUAAUGAGGCUUAACUAACUCUAGAUACAUGGAAUGAGCUACCUUAGAAAAAAGAGGUGAUGCUUUGGAUGAAAAUCCAUGUUACAGUCUCUACAGCAUGGCAGAAUUCCUGAGUUUUAGACAGUGAAGUAACUAAAUAUGUUUGAGGAUCUUGGAGCAGAUCUUGGGAAUUAGGCCUGGUUUGCCUGUUAAGAUUCUGCAGCUUUUGAGCAGAUGCUGUGCCCUGCUGGGGAUGUUUUACUUUAUGGCUUUCACAGCAGGGAGAGUGUAUAGCCUGAAGCAACCAAAAGAAAUGCUGGAGAGAGGGAUGUGUUUUGAGCUGGCACCUCAGGGAGGACAUGGAACUUACUCUGCCCUGUUGAUCCUACCUAUUUGCCUUCACACCUGAAGCUGCUCCUGGAAGAUUUCAAAUCUCUCUUCCCCAAAAAUAAAUUUUUACUUUCAGGUUAGAGAAUAGACAGGGUUGGGCACACAGGGACAGAGUAGUGACCUGGUUUGUGCCUCUCUCUCCUGCCUGCCCCAAUAACUCAUUUUUUUGUCCCCUGUGCAGCUGGAUUCUUUCCCAUGCUCUAAAAAGGAUUUCAAACCCAUUAAUUCUGAAGUACAGAUGUUUUAAUCUAGUCAGCCAAUAUUUGACUGUUUAGUAAUGAAGCUGUUCUGCUUUUCAUGAAGUUCAUCAAGACUUACAAGUGAUUCCAGGCUGCCAACAUGACUGAACCUUCAGAGCAUGCUCUAGUCCCUACUCAUCCCAUUUUUUAAAGUAAUAGCACACCACAUAGUCAUGAAUAAAAACCCCGUGUGUUUUAAAGGGUAACUGGUUAUGUCUAGUAACAAGAAUAAAUUUGCCAUUAGUAAUACUGUGAUUGUUUUUAAAAUGGCUGAGAAAAUUGCUUAGAACCUGAGCAAGACCCUUGAAUAAUUCUUCAUUUGUCAGAUGUCAGACUGUAAGGCUCAUUAGUGCAUUCUGUGUACUGGGUGAUACGAACCUGAAAGGGAGGAAAUUGUAGCAGAAAAGCAGAAUCUGUUUUACUUGCAUGUUUUUAACUAGACCUGUGCUGGCAGCUGGUGAAACUCAGUGCUUAAAUCUAUCAAGGGCCUCUUUCCAUUUUGAUUUGUAGGCAAUGAGCUUAUUUCUCGUUUCAGCAAAUGCAUUUCCCCAGCCAUCCCCUCCAAUUUCUAUCAAAGGCCAACAUUUGAUGCUAAGAGUAGGACAAAUAAUUAACUAAUACUGAGUAAGACACUUUCAGAAAAGGUUACAGAAACUAAUUUUGUCUUCUGGUUAGCUGGAAUUACAAAUAUAUCAAAUAUAGCUACAGAAGAUUCUGAAGGCAAUUACAGGUGUUUGUUUUGAUCAUAGAUUUUGCGAGUAGCCUAAUACCAUAUUCUUGGAUUUCUUUUCUGUUUUAAAAGCAAGUACAGCCCUUUGUAUGAAAACCAGCCUAACUAAAUUACUGAGUGCUAGCCUAAGAGUUCCAGACUGAGUGAGAUUAAAUGGAAUCCCAUUUUACCAAUUCCAGACCUCAGUGCUUUAUUUCAUAGAAUACCUACUUAUCAUCUUAACAUGGCAAAUACCUGUAACCAGCAACUGACAAGCAUUUAUAUUAUCUUUAUAAUUAUUAAAGACUACAAGCUUCAUCUCA